AUGUCCUUCUAUAAUAACCAGAGCCAGCAGGGACUCAACUAUAACGCGUCGCAAAACAGCGGAAACAAUUCGCAAAAUACAGGCCAAUUUGGAAUGAAUCCAAACUCGCAGAAUAACAACAUGCAGCAGCAAUCUACUAUGCUAGUCCCUGUGCCAUCGAUGGGAAAUGCGCAAAAUAAUGCCGGGGGCAUGCAAAGCGGGAGCACGUUUGGCAGUUCCCUGGGAAGCAUGCAAAACAGCUUGGGGAGUGCCAGGGGAAGCAGUGGUUUUUCAAGCGGUGGGCUGGGAAGUGGCUAUGGAAGCGCGCAAAAUGGCCCAAGCAUGUUUGGGGGCAGCGGAUCGAGUCAGUUUGGCCUGAGCGGGAGCCCGCAGGGCACAGCAAGCGGCCUGGGAAACACCUCGAACCCCAGCAUGUUUGGUGCGAACUCUUCGCAGAGCGCAGCGGGCAGUGCGUUUGGCGGCUUCAAUAGUGGCCAGCCUGCAGGGCAAAGCAGCGGAAUAGGCUCGUUUGGGCAGAACAAUAAUAGCACUUUCGGGCAGAACAAUAAUAAUAGUUUUGGGCAGAACAACAAUAGUUUCGGGCAGAGCAACAAUAAUACUUUGGGGCAAACCAGUGCAUUCGGCCAGAGCAACAACAACGCCUUUGGGCAGGGCAGCACUUUUGGGCAAAGCAACAAUAACGCCUUUGGGCAAGGCAGCACGCUUGGGCAGAGCAAUAAUAACGCUUUUGGGCAGGGCAGCGGAAUAGGCUCAUUUGGGCAAAACAACAGCCUCCUUGGACAAACCAGCGCGUUCGGGCAGAGCAACAGCGCCUUUGGGCAGGGCAGCACGCUUGGGCAGACUGGCAGCACUUUUGGGCAGGGCAGCGGAAUGAGCGCAUUCGGGCAAAACAACAGCCUCCUUGGGCAAACCAGCGCGUUCGGGCAGAGCAACAACACAUUUAAUGGGGCAAACCAGUCUAUGACAGCAGGGUCAAUAAGCUCUUCAAACAUUAUCAACUCUUCUUUGAGAAACGCAACGGGCUCUACAGACGAUGUGCUGUGCACAAUUGACUAUCUUGAAAAGGCCUAUGACAGAACCAGCCCCCUUUAUAAAUUCACAUACAUCUUCUACAACCUGAUGGAUCCUUCAAGCCCUCCCCCACAGAGACCCAGCAAUGUGCUGGCUGAAAUGUGGGACCAGGCUGUAAAUAUGAACCCGGCUCCGCAGUUUUUGUAUCCUGAGAUAGUUUUUGGGUAUGAAGACCUUUCUGUGCGGCUUGAGAAGCAGAAAACGGUUAUUGAGAAAUUGAAGGCCAGCAGAAAAUACAUGGGGGACAGGCUCAAUGAGCUAGUCGAAGGCGGGAUUUUGAGGCUAACAAACAAGCUGAACCGGAUAAACGAAAAGUACAGCGCCUUGCUGGUGGAGGUUCUCGAGCAUGCAGGAAAGUCGCUGGGCCCUGAAAUAAAGAGCACCUCUUCCCAGUACACACAGCUGGAAAAGCGGUGCAACCUGCUGAGCGACGGGCUGGCCUCCCUGGCUGAAAACUGCUUGGCCUACAGAAGACAGUUUGACCUUUCCAAAACAGACCAAGCUAUUUCCAUACUGGAGGAGCAGAACAACAUUCUUAAUAACAUGCUUGUGUCAGUGGGGAAGAAACUAGCAGAGUAA